AUGGCCUUGCUGCUCUUGGCAGGCUUGGCCAUUCUGGCCGGGCCGGCUCAUGCCCACGGCGGCCUCGCCAACUACACAGUGGGCAACACCUGGUAUAGGGGCUACGACCCCUUCACGCCGGCGGCCGACCAGAUCGGCCAGCCGUGGAUGAUCCAACGCGCGUGGGACUCGAUCGACCCGAUCUUCAGCGUCAACGACAAGGCGCUCGCCUGCAACACCCCGGCCACGGCGCCGACCUCUUACAUUCCCAUCCGCGCGGGCGAGAACAUCACGGCCGUGUACUGGUACUGGCUGCACCCGGUGGGCCCCAUGACGGCGUGGCUGGCGCGGUGCGACGGCGACUGCCGCGACGCCGACGUCAACGAGGCGCGCUGGUUCAAGAUCUGGGAGGCCGGCCUGCUCAGCGGGCCGAACCUGGCCGAGGGCAUGUGGUACCAGAAGGCGUUCCAGAACUGGGACGGCAGCCCGGACCUGUGGCCCGUCACGAUCCCGGCCGGGCUGAAGAGCGGCCUGUACAUGAUCCGGCACGAGAUCUUGUCGAUCCACGUCGAGGAUAAACCGCAGUUUUAUCCCGAGUGUGCGCAUCUGAAUGUGACCGGGGGUGGGGACCUGCUGCCGCCUGAUGAGUUUUUGGUGAAGUUCCCGGGCGCUUACAAAGAAGAUAACCCGUCGAUCAAGAUCAAUAUCUACUCGGACCAGUACGCCAAUACAACGAAUUACACAAUUCCCGGAGGGCCGAUAUGGGAUGGGUGA